UUUGGAUAGAUCCAGCAUCAUCCAGUCCAGCUGAUGUUUUUGUGAGGGGUCCUGCGGAUUUCUACGUAACGUUACACAUUUUCAAACAGGAAACCAGCAUUCUCUUCUUAAUAACAUUAUCAAGCAGCCUUACUUUGUCAUUUCAAAAUGCUUUCGGUGUUUAAAUCCAUUCCGACACACAUGGACUAUAAAGGACAGAAGCUUGCAGAGCAAAUUUUCCAAGGAGUCAUUCUGGUGUCGGCGGUGAUCGGCUUCAUAUAUGGCUUUACUAUUCAGCAGUUUGGGUGGACAGUGUACAUCAUGUUGGCUGGAUUCAUGAUCUCAUGUUUGCUCACCCUUCCUCCCUGGCCAGUGUACAGAAAAAAUCCUUUGAACUGGCAGCCGGCUCUGCCUGAGACAUCUGGAGAAAACCGUGACAAGCCUCAAGAGAAUCAGAAGAAGAAGAAGCACAAGUGAUGCACGGCAGUAUUUUAGUUUGGAUUUGGCACAGCAAAGCCAUAUAGAUAUACAACAGAAACAAACCGAUUCAUUUUUUUUUUGUCACUGUUUAAACAUUCUGUAUGUAAUAAAGAACUGCAUUUGGUA